AGGCGUUCAAGCGCGGGUCUAUUGGCACCCCAGCUGGCAUGCCAAUCAGCGUCCACCAAUAAUGCUGCGUCUGCGCCGCCGCUGCCCGCACCCACCUCCCCGCCCCGCAUCGUGUCAGCUCCACCUGCGACGCAUGCCCCCGCCCCGCCGCCCCCAGACCCAGUACCACAACCCGCGCAAGAAGACGGCGUCAGAUUACGACGGGCGCACACCAUCGCGGUGCGGGAUUACCUUAAAAGAGAGACCCAGACUUUUUUCGGUGUGCAGAGGGAUAAUGAGAGGGAACAAAGGAGGCUGUGGUAUGAGAGGCGGAGGAGGCACGCGGCGCGGGCGCUCGGCGACCUCCGGCUGGAUCUACCGCCGGACCAUCAUCCCGAUGAUGAUGAUAUUAGUAUGUAUGGAGCGUCAGGCGCAGCACCAAGAGAGGCGCGGGGGCGUGCUCGCGAGCGGCCCGACGUGCUACCUGCGCCGGCGUCGCUCGAGGAGCCCGCUCCGGCACCUAUGCCACGCCCUGGCAAGGAUAGCGUCGCGCGGCUCACACUCGACGGAAUUUCUUAUGUUGUUACCGCAUUGACAAGGCGAUCGAGGCAGUCCACCUCGGCGCAGUGGUCUCGUUCGUUUCGGGGCAGCGUGUUGCCGCAGGACGAAACUGAUGCUGAUGAAGUAUUCUUCACGCCACCGUCGACUGCGCAGCUCACACAGCACCACGACGAGGGAGACCAAGUUGAUGGACCUAAAGGGCCCCGUUCACCUAUCAGCUCCAGUGGAGUGGAGUACAGAAGGGCGGACAGGGCCGUAUCCUGGGGCGCAGGGGGAGCGCGGAUACACACACCAAUGCUGGAACCACUCGCCGACAACUCCAACAGGAGGCAGUUCGGCAUGGGCGUCGUCGGUAGAUUUUUCCGACGAUCGCUUCGAAAAUCAGUCACCCAACAAGAUGAGGUAGCACGCCAAUUGGAGGAGCUUGACGAUUACCGGCCGUACUUCACCUGGUGGGUCAGCACAGUGCAGACUCUAGUGUUGCUGCUAUCCCUUCUAUGUUAUGGCUUCGGACCAGUUGGAUUUGGCCGCCAUACGCAUUCCAGUCAAGUAUUGGUGAAGAGUCUAAGUUUGCAGCAGGUGGAAUGGGAGGAACCCGCUUCUUUCUGGUUGGGCCCAAGAGCUGCGGAUCUUAUUCAUUUAGGAGCAAAAUUUGCACCAUGCAUGAGAAGGGACGUCAGGAUAGCGCGGGCGAUAGCCGCGUCAGCGAGAAGAGAGAGGGACACCGCUUGCUGUAUACGAAAUGACGACUCUGGCUGCGUGCAGUCAUCAAAGGCUGAUUGUUCGAAUACAAUAUCAACAUGGAAAAAAUGGUCAUCAGGAGAGUCCGGCCCUGGAGGUCGGAUAUCCGGUUCUGUUUGUGGUUUAGAUCCUAAGUUUUGUGAAGCGCCGCGUUCGAUUGCACCGCACGAAUGGCCAGAUGACAUAACAAAAUGGCCAAUCUGUCGCAAAUCUGUGUUGGACGGUUCAGCCGCCGCGGGACGGGCCGGGCAUGCUGCCGAGCACAUGGCUUGCGAAGUUAUAGGCCAUCCUUGUUGUAUAGGAGUACAUGGACAAUGUGUUAUAACUACUAGAGAACAUUGCGACUUUGUCAAAGGCUAUUUUCAUGAAGAAGCGUCGCUGUGUUCACAGGUAUCAUGUUUAGACGAUGUCUGCGGAAUGCUGCCAUUCAUGAGAAGAAGACGUCCAGACCAGCUGUACCGUGCGUGGACAUCUUUAUUCGUGCACGCGGGAUUACUGCAUUUAGCCACCACUUUGGCAUUACAGUGGCUCUUCAUGAGGGAUCUGGAGAAGAUGGCCGGGCCUGUUAGAAUAGCUAUCAUUUAUUUGGGUAGUGGCGUCGCUGGAAACAUGGCGUCAGCUAUUUUCGAGCCUUAUAGGGCAGAGGUGGGACCAGCUGGAUCACAUUUCGGCCUUCUGGCAUGUCUAAUAGUGGAAGUGAUAGGGGCGUGGCCUCUUUUGAGGCAUCCCCGUCGAUCGCUGCUCCGGCUUAUUAGCAUAGCGGUCGCCCUAUUCCUACUCGGACUACUCCCGUGGAUCGACAAUUUCGCUCACGUGUUCGGCUUCGUAUUCGGUUUUCUGUUAUCGUAUGCGCUUCUGCCGUUUAUAACGUUCGGGCCGUACGCGAGGAGAAGGAAGAUAGUGUUAGUGUGGGUUUGUAUGUUAUCAGCGGGUGGGAUGCUGUGUGCGUUGGUGGCGUUGUUUUACGCGGCGCCAGCUUAUGAAUGUACAGCGUGCGCGUACUUUACAUGUUUGCCGCUGGCGCCGGAGAUGUGCGCGUCGCAGGACGUGCGCGUGCGGCAGCUGGACGGGGUAUGA